AUUCAGUGACUGUGGGAAACACCACUUGUUGCCUGUCCUCUUGAGGGAAGCAUUUGCUGUUGCUAUCCUUGUUGCUCUAGUAUGAUCACCGGAGACUCGUUCCUUGUAACUUUUCACAGUGCUGAUGAGUCAGAAGAACAUAACAUUCGCCAUGACAUCUCUGUAUGGACUGUUCCCCUACAAGUCCAGCAUGAUCGGGCUGGAGACCCUAGGAGAUCCCUCAGCAGAGUGGGACAUAGUGGAGACCAUUGGGAAAGGGACGUACGGCAAAGUCUACAAAGUGACCAACAAAAAGGAUGGGAGCCAGGCGGCAGUGAAGGUUCUAGACCCCAUCAACAAUUCAAGCAGCUCAAACAGAGAUGUAGAUGAGGAGAUAGAAGCAGAGUACAACAUCCUGAGGUCCCUGUCCAACCAUCCUAAUGUGGUGAAGUUUUAUGGCAUGUUUUAUAAGUCUGACAACUUAUCCGGUGGACAGCUCUGGCUGGUACUCGAGCUGUGCAACGGCGGCUCCAUCACAGAACUCAUCAAAAGCCUGAUCAUGCGCGGCCAGCGUCUGCAGGAGUCUGUCAUCUCGUACAUCUUGUACAGUGCCCUCUUGGGUCUGCAGCAUUUGCACAACAACCGGAUAAUCCAUCGUGACGUCAAAGGCAACAACAUCCUCCUUACAACUGAAGGGGGAGUCAAACUGGUUGACUUUGGUGUUUCAGCUCAACUGACCAGUGCACGGCUCCGGAGGAACACAUCAGUGGGGACGCCGUUUUGGAUGGCUCCUGAGGUCAUUGCUUGUGAGCAGCAGUACGACUCCUCGUAUGACGCCCGCUGUGAUGUGUGGUCUCUUGGCAUCACGGCCAUUGAGUUGGCUGAAGGAGACCCCCCACUGGCUGAGAUGCACCCAGUGAAAGCUCUAUUCAAAAUUCCUCGAAAUCCCUCGCCAACACUUCGAAAUCCUGAGCAGUGGUGCAGAGGUUUCAACUAUUUCAUCAGUCAGUGUUUGAUAAAGGACUUUGAGGCCCGUCCAUCUGUGACCCACUUAUUGGAGCACCCAUUCAUCAAACAAGUCCACGGCAAAUAUGUGGCCCUCAGUCAGCAAUUAGCAGAUCUUAUCCGAGAGCAGCAGGAAGUUGGUAACAAAACCAGAACCAGGCACAAGCGAAUCAAUACUCGUAAAACCUUGAUUAUAGAAAGCUGCCCUGAUGAUGAUCUGGUAAACCUGGAAUUUCUUGAUGAGGAGAUAAUAAUCAGCCAUCUCCAGAGGAGGUAUGAUGAGCUGCAGGUGUAUACUUACGUUGGUGACAUCCUCAUCGCUCUCAAUCCUUUUCAGAAUCUCAGCAUCUAUUCUCCUCAGUUUUCUAAGCUAUACCAUGGUGUAAAAAGAGCUGACAACCCUCCACACAUCUUUGCCACAGCAGAUGCAGCGUACCAAGGAAUGGUGACAUUCUGCAAAGACCAGUGCAUCAUCAUCAGUGGAGAGAGUGGAGCAGGAAAGACAGAAAGCGCUCAUUUGAUUGUUCAACAUCUCACCUUUUUAGGAAAGGCAAACAACAAGACUCUCCGGGAGAAAAUAUUGCAGGUCAACCCUCUUGUCGAAGCCUUCGGUAAUGCCUGCACAGCUAUAAAUGACAACUCCAGCCGCUUUGGUAAAUAUCUGGAGAUGAAGUUCACGCCAACUGGAGCGGUCAUCGGGGCCAAAAUCUCUGAAUAUUUGCUGGAGAAAUCAAGGGUCAUCAAACAAGCUGCGGGAGAAAAGAACUUUCACAUAUUUUACUACAUAUAUGCUGGACUUUACCACCAAUCCAAGCUGAAGACAUACAGGCUGCCAGACGGGACGCCUCCCCGGUACAUUGACAGCCAGCAGUGUAAAGUGAUGCAGGACAUCCUCUCAAGGAAACUGUACAAGGAGCAGUUUGAUGCAAUUCAAGAGUGUUUUAGAAAUAUUGGCUUCACAGAAGAAGAAGUCAACUCUGUUUACAGGAUUCUGUCAGGCAUUCUAAACACAGGCAAUAUUGAAUUUACUGCCAUCACAUCUCAUAACCACACAGAUAAGAGUGACGUUCCUAACUCAGAGGCCUUGGAAAACGCUGCGUCUCUGCUCAGCAUCGGCUCUGAGGAGCUUCAGGAGGCGCUGACAUCUCAGUGUGUGGUUACAAGAGGCGAGACCAUCAUCCGCACCAACACCGUCGACAAAGCCGCCGACGUCCGAGACGCCAUGUCCAAGGCCUUGUACGGACGCCUCUUUAGCUGGAUUGUCAACCGAAUCAACUCGCUGCUGCAGCCCGACAUGAAUAUCUGUGCUGCGGAAAGCUGCAUGAAUGUGGGAAUCCUGGACAUCUUUGGAUUUGAAAACUUCAAGAAGAACUCAUUUGAACAGUUGUGCAUCAACAUUGCAAAUGAGCAGAUCCAGUUUUAUUUCAACCAGCACAUUUUUGCUCUCGAACAGAUGGAAUACCAGAGCGAGGGAGUAGAUGCCAGCCUGGUGGAGUAUGAGGACAACAGGCCCAUUCUGGACAUGUUCCUGCAGAAGCCCAUGGGCCUGUUGUCCUUAAUGGAUGAGGAGAGUCGCUUCCCCCAGGCCACUGAUCAGACCCUUGUAGAUAAAUUUGAAGACAAUUUGCGGUGUAAAUAUUUUUGGAUACCUAAAUGCAUGGACCUUUGUUUUGGAAUACAGCAUUAUGCUGGAAAGGUGAUGUACAAUGUAAAUGGAUUUCUGGAAAAAAACCGGGACACUCUUCCUGCAGACAUUGUUUUGGUGUUGAGAACAUCGGAGAACAAACUACUACAGCAGCUGUUUUCCAGCCCUUUGACUAAAACAGGCAAUCUGGCGAUGUCCAGGGCUCGGGUCACUGCUGCCUCCAGAUCUCUGCCUCCUCAACUAAGCUCAGGACGCAGCAAGUCUCCAAAAUACCUACUGAAGGUGGACACCAUGGAGAUGAUGCGACACCCAGAAGAAACCACCAGCAUGAGAAGGCAAACUAUGGCAUCAUACUUCCGUUACUCCCUGAUGGACUUGCUUUCUAAGAUGGUGGUGGGCCAGCCACACUUUGUACGCUGCAUCAGACCCAAUGACGACAGGCAGGCGCUGCGCUUUUGCAAGGAGAGGGUGAUGGUGCAACUGCGCUACACUGGAAUCCUGGAGACGGCAAACAUCCGCAGACAGGGCUACUCCCACCGCAUCCAGUUUGAGGAUUUUGUCAACAGAUAUUAUUAUCUUGCAUUUCGAGCUCACCAGUUGCCUGAGACAAGCAGAGAAAAUGUAAUUGCCAUACUGGAACGGGCCAAACUACAGGGUGUGGUGCUGGGGAAGACAAAGGUAUUUUUGAAGUACUACCAUGUGGAGCAGCUGAACCUGCUGCUGCGGGAGGUGAUAGCUCGGGUGGUGGUGAUGCAAGCUUAUGCUAAAGGUUGGCUUGGUGCCCGCCGAUAUCGGAAAGUAAAGGAGAAGAGACACCGAGGAGCCAUCAUCAUCCAGUCAGCCUGGAGGGGCUACGCUGCACGGCAGAAACUCACGCAAAUAAAAAAGGAGCGAGAAGAAGCUGCAAUCCGCAUACAGUCAGUUUACAGGGGCCGUCAGGUACGUCAACAUCAUUGUCACCAGGAGCAGAACUGUCACAAUACGGCCAGAGGAUCAACCAACAGGGAAGAAAACAUAAGGUGCAGCCCAAAGAAUGUAGAGUCUCAUCCACAUGACCCAGCAGAAGGAGAUGUUGGCCGUGACAGCCAAGACAGACAAGUGAAAGACAUCAAGAGAGACAAAGGCAGAGGAGAAGACAGUGUAACGAAGCCUUGCAGGGAGACAGCCAGGCUGCGAGACGCGCAGUGUAAACAAGGCUCAGUGACGAAGCCGCAUCAGAGGACUUCUCGUCGCCGUGGCCAGCAGCCCAAGCAGCUCAACAGCCCUGAAGACAGCCUGUACUACAACCAACUAAAUAGAACUCUGGAUCACCAGGGGAGCAAGAGGAAGCCGAGAAAACUUGGUUUUCUCUUUUCUCACAUCACAGUCAAAUCAAAGUGUUGGACGGAGAGGACGAGUACUACAAAUUACUGUCGACUGUGGAGUCGAUCCCUGAGGAAGAGCACGCGACUGAACCCCACCCCACCCUUUCCAACGGGCCCCUUGUCAGUCAGCGCUGAGGCUCUGCAUCCGUGUCAGCCGGUCGCCUUGUUCUACAGCAGAACCGAAACCAACGACAUCUGAAGAUUAAACUACUUCUACAUUUUUAUUUAUUUAUAGAAGUACUUCUAUUUUAUAUGACCCAAAUAAAUAUGUUUAAGCAAUCCUGUUUUUGUGUUGUUCACACAUUUUU